AUGGCAGACAGCAGAAACUUGGGUAAGUCCUGAAAUCUUCCCUCUCGGUUCAUCGUUCAGGUGUUUUUCUGUCCGCUCUAUGACUUCUGAUCCUUCACUGAAUGAAGAAUGUCUCUUUAGUUCAGUCUUCAGGGUCAAAGUUAGAGACCGUGUUUCCACCAUCAGCGACAUCGUGAAUUAAUGUUUUAAUUUUUCCAACAGCAUGUGACGAUGUCUCUUACUGGCUGAGGAAACUGUUGUCGUUCUUAGAUUCCCCUUUAAAUACAAACUUUACUCUGAUUUUUCACGACUGAUUCCCAACCUGCUUCACUGCUGAUUCAUAAUCUUUUUACAUUUCUAUGUUUUUACUUUUUCUUGCUUCUCUUUUAAAGUAAACGUGAAUAUUUCAAACUUGUGACUUCAGAACCGGUUUCACUUUUCCUGUGAUUUUAGGAGAGAUUUUAAAAAGAAAUGGAGGAUAUUUAAACAAGAGGGAAGAUAAAAGUGUGACUUAAAGGCUCAAGACAACAUCUUGAAACCUGAAGAUUGGUGAUUAUUAAUGAUGAAAACAAAACAUUAACGAUAAAUGUACGUAAAUAAAAAUUUCAGAUGAUGGAACAAUAAAAUUAACCCUCAGGAGAAAUAAGCUGUUGGUACAAGAACUGUCUGCAGAGGUGGACAGACAGACUUAUUCCGACAUCAGAGUAGAGACUGAGACUCUUCUGGGAGGGGGGGUCCUCCAGAGUCCAGAGACCGACUCUGCUGAGGCCGGGGAGUGAAGAAGAACCUGCUGAUUCUUCUAUGAGGGUUAGAAAAGGGGUCAUUAAAGUGAGUUAGAGGGUUUGUUAAGAUUUGUCGGGGGGCUGUUAAAAUUAAUUUAGGGUGCCGCAGCUCAAGGAAGAACAUUUAUGAUCAUUUCUUCAUCGUUUCCUUGAAGUAAUGAUCAUCAUAUUAAUCAUUUUACAGACGCUGUAGUUUUUCUGUCUUAGCGUCUCGGUCUGAUUGUAUUUCCUUGAAGAAAUGAUCAUAAAUGUUCUUCCUUGAGCUGCGGCACCCCGCUGUAGUCCCUAAUGGACUGGCCUGAGGUCUCUCUACAAACAAGCGUCUGCUGGAAGAGAGUAGGUGAGUUGUGUUUAGUCUCUUUGCUAAAGAAAUGAGUCAAAGUUACAAAGAUGUUUGGUGUCUAGUUCUAUGUCUGUGACCCUAUAUGUCCUGUUGAUGAAGUUAGGUGCUGUUCUGAGCAUUAUUUGUGGUUAUAGAGUGGCGUUUUGGUUGGGGGCGUGGCUCUCUGUAUUUCUAUCCUGCGGUCGUUACUAAAGUUGGUAUAACUAGAGAAGUAAGUGGUCGACAACAUUCAUCUCUGGAGGGGGGGUCUGACUCGGGGUUACAGUGGGUUUGACCCUGAAUUAAUUUUACAGCAGAAUAUCCCUUUAAGGUGAGUUUGGGGGGUGGUAGUGGUUUGUAAGGUAGAGGGUUCGGCUCAGCAUCAGUGAUGGUUAGGGUUGGUUUGGGAAAGUAGGAGUUAGCUUACAGGAUAAAAUCAUCUUGGACCACGACCAUCUUUGUUGUUUAUGGUUAGACUGGGGAGUUCCCAGUGCAGCCAUCUUGUAGGACCUGCCCCUCCCUGUAAUGAGGUUGGUAUUCUGGAAUCGGGGGGUGAAACGUUCAGAAUGAUCGCAGUCCAGACCCUCUUCUCAGCAAGUUAAUGUCUUACUUUGAACUUCUGCUUUAAUAUUUUACAAAAACUCCAGACACGACCGUCAAACUCAUGAAACAUGUUCAAUCUUCCAAACAGGUGGUCUCCAUCAGAACAACGAGGAGCUGAGGAUCGUGAUGGUGGGGAAGACGGGACUUGGGAAGAGUGCGACAGGAAACACCAUUCUGGGCCGUAAAUGCUUCGAGUCCAUGCUCAGCGCUUCAUCUCAGACUGACGAGUGCUUCAAAGGCAAGGCUACAGUGGCUGGAAGAAAGGUCUCUGUGAUCGACACCCCUGGUCUGUUUGACACCAGAUAUGAUGACGAAAAAACCAGUCGAGACAUCAGCCAGUGUAUCUCCUACAGUUCUCCUGGACCACAUGCUUUUCUGAUUGUGGUUGGACUGGGAAGAUUCACACCGGAAGAACAACAGAGUGUGGAGAAGAUCCAGGAGAUGUUUGGUGAGGCUGCAGACAAAUACAGUUUGGUUCUCUUCACCCAUGGUGAUAAUCUGAGAGACACCACCAUAGAAGAGUUCAUAGAGGGAAGUCCAGACCUUGUGAAUCUUGUGGAGAGGUGUCAAGGCCGGUACCACGUCUUCGACAAUAAUCUGACGGAUCACUCUCAGGUCAGUGAGCUCCUCCAGAAGAUCCAAGAGAUGGUCAAGAAGAAUGGAGACAGCCACUACACCAACGAGAUGUUCCAAAAGGCAGAAGAAGCUCUUCAAAAAAAACAGCAGAAGAACCUGAAAGAAAGAGAGGAAGAAAUACGCAAAGAGAAAGAGGAGCUGGAGAAGAAACUACGAGAAGAAUACGACGAAAAAUUAGAAAAUGAUCUGAAGAAACUCAAGGCUACCAUGGAGCGAGAGAGAAGAAAGAGCAUGAUGAAACAACAGGAGCUCCACGUGAUGUUAAACGAGCUGAAGAGGGAGAAUGAGAGGUGGGACUUGGACCGGACUGAGAUUGAGAUGAAGAGAGACAGAGAAUUCAAAAAGAUGGAGAUGGAGAUGCAGAGGAAACGAGAGGAGCUUCAGACCAAAAUAACAGAGGCCAUGCUGGAGAAGAACAAAGUGGAGAUGGAAAAGAAGAACAUGGAAAUGAAGAAGACAAUGUGGGACAAAGAAGAGAGUGUCCGAGAGAAAAUGGCAGCGAAAGAAAAGGAGUGGAAGAAAUUUGAGGAUGGACUGAAGGAAAGAGAGGAGGAGUGGAAGAAGAAGGAAGAGGAGAUUCGGAAACUGAAGCAGAAAAUGGACGAAGAGAGAGAAAUUGAGAUGGUGAGAAAACAAUCCGAAGAACAACGAAGUGCGGAGCUAGAGAGGAAAAUACAGCAACUGGAAAAAGGACACAAAGACAUCACGAGAAAAGAAGCCGAGAAAAAAUUACGCUUCAAAUUUUACCGUCCGAAGGGGAUGGUCAAAGGUUUUAAAGCGCUGUAUUCAUUUUUUGAGGGUUGA